GGCCGCGCCGAGACCGAGGGAGGGGCCGCGCCGCGGUCCAGAGCCAUUGGAGGACGCGGCCGCUCGGAGCUGAUAAAUAGGGGACCGAGUCGCGGCUGCGGGCCAAGUUGGACGCCCCGACCCGUGCUAGGGCCAGGUCAACGCCGGCCCCGCGACGCGAAGCGAGGGGAGGCGACCCGUGUGCGGCCAUGGCCUCGCUGCUGGGAGCCUACCCGUGGCCCGAGGGGCUGGAGUGCCCGGCCCUGGAGGCCGAGCUGUCGGAUGGUCUGUCGCCACCCGCCGUCCCCCGCCCCGCGGGGGACAAGGGCUCCGAGAGCCGUAUCCGGCGGCCCAUGAACGCCUUCAUGGUGUGGGCCAAGGACGAGAGGAAACGGCUGGCGGUGCAGAACCCGGACCUGCACAACGCCGAGCUCAGCAAGAUGCUGGGAAAGUCGUGGAAGGCACUGACGCUGUCCCAGAAGAGGCCGUACGUGGACGAGGCGGAGCGGCUGCGCCUGCAGCACAUGCAGGACUACCCCAACUACAAGUACCGGCCCCGCAGGAAGAAGCAGGCCAAGCGCCUCUGCAAGCGCGUGGACCCCGGCUUCCUCCUGAGCUCCCUCUCCCGGGACCAGAAUGCCCUGCCGGAGAAGAGGGGCGGCGGCCGGGGGGUGCCGGGGGAGAAGGAGGACAGGGGUGAGUACUCCCCGGGCACCACCCUGCCCAGCCUCCGGGGCUGCUACCAUGAGGGACCGGCUGGUGGCGGUGGCACCCCAGGCAGUGUGGACGCCUACCCGUACGGGCUGCCCACACCGCCGGAGAUGUCUCCACUGGACGUGCUGGAGCCGGAGCAGACCUUCUUCUCCUCCCCCUGCCAGGAAGAGCAGGCCCACCCCCGCCGCGUGGCCCACCUGCCAGGGCCCCCUUACUCGCCGGAGUACACCCCCAGCCCCCUGCACUGUAGCCACCCCCUGGGCUCCCUGGCCCUUGGCCAGUCCCUCAGUGUCUCUAUGAUGUCCACCGUCCCCGGCUGCUCCCCGUCCCCUGCCUAUUACUCCCCGGCCACCUACCACCCCCUCCACUCCAACCUCCACGCCCACCUGGGCCAGCUCUCCCCGCCUCCCGAACACCCUGGCUUCGACACCCUGGAUCAGCUGAGCCAGGUGGAACUCCUAGGGGACAUGGAUCGCAAUGAAUUUGAUCAGUAUUUGAACACUCCUGGCCACCCAGACUCUGCCGCGGGCACCGUGGCCCUCAGCGGGCAUGCCCCGGUCUCCCAGGUGGCACCAACGGGCCCCACAGAGACCAGCCUCAUCUCCGUCCUGGCUGAUGCCACAGCCACGUACUACAACAGCUACAGCGUGUCAUAGACACAGAGGCUCCGCGUCCAGCCUGGCCCCCGAGCCCUCUCGCUCCUGUGCCCCGGGAGGGGCAGAGAGCCUGUCAGCUCUAGCUCCAGCUUUCCUCCCCUUGCCCGGGGAGGUCCGACUGCCGGCCCAGAGCCUUCGGACCGAAACUGGACGGGGCUCUGCUGAUCAAUCUGAGGGCCCCUCUGUCCACUUCCCCACGGCCCCCUGCCCCAGCCUGCGUGUUGAGUGUAUUCCUUCAAAUGAGCUCUCGUCGGCUACACGCUGGGAAUACGGCCACCAGGUUGCUGGGAGAUGCCGUCUCCCUGUAGGGUGCUCACUGACCUCUUUCCUUGUCCCCGUCGUGGAGACACGUGGUGAUAAGCCAGCAGCAUUCGAACCUCUCCUGUUUCUGACCCGGCUGCACCUGGUCUUUCGGUCCCGCAGGUGAGAAGAGCCCCGGGCUGGGGUUCAGCCCCAGUUCUACUGUGGACGCUGGGGAGACACCAACACGCCCCCAGCCGCCCCGUCCCGUCCAUUCCCCCAUCCGUCAAGUGGGGGGACAGACUUCAUAGCGAAGGUCCCCUCUGCUGCACGGUCUUCUGGUUUAGGGUUCUCUCGGGCUAACUAAAGGCAGAUGGGGGAAUCAGACUCCUUAAUGAGAUGCUUAACGUGCAGCCUGGUUCCUGGCCCAAGGACACAAGGCUUCCCGUGCUUGCUGCCCUCCCUCCAAAAUGACCGUAGAUUUCCAAAAGGACUGUUCCAAUUUGAGAGAAAGCGCUCGUCCUGAUUUGGGAAAUUGGGGGGAUUCACCAGAGUGGUUAACCACUUCACUCAAAAUGAGAUUGGAUCCAAACUGCUUUCUUAAAUAUAUUUUCUUGCAUAAAUUCUUUCUUGCUGUACACAUGCUUCCGGGGAACUCGUGCUGUCCCAGUACAUGCGGUGGGCGUGCAUGAGACACGCCACUCCACACACACCCUCAGACAUGCGUCCGAGCAGCCUAAAUCAGGGAUAUUCCUAUGAACGCCGGCGACUUCUGACCACCCCCCUGUUCCUAUCGGCCCACACAGCCAGGGCACCUGAAAGGACUUAGCCACAAGGCAAGGUUGCUGUCUUCAAAUCUGGAAGUGCCGGUUUUUUAAGCAAAACUGCAGGACGUUCGGCUCUGCAGAUGCAAAAGGAGUUUCCCCCCGUGUGUCCUCCAGCUCCCACUCUCUCCCUUUCCUGGGAUUUCUUUUUCUCCUCUUCUCUCUCGCUCUUCCUCCACCCCCAAAUCAGUCCCUAACUCUCAGAGCCUCUGACUUGAAAUACCUGGCACACUUCCUCUGCUGUGAUGGGAAUCCCUCACCCUCACCAGCCUGUUGGUUCGUCAGGCAAAGUCCUCAGCCGAUGCUGAGCCCUGGCCGCACCCCAAAACCAUUUGCAUUCUUCCCCCAAACCUCCUUCGAAGGAACAUGCCUGACAGUGAGCUGCAAGACAGUUGUUUGUCUUUUGAUUUCAGCAUAUUAUUGCCUGUAAGAAAUAUGUGUUUUAUAUAUCCUCCUGUUAUUUUUCACCUUGUAUUUUGUAUUGUUGACAGAGAUCCUUGUUCUUCCCUUCCAAGAAGUCUUAUUGUACAAUCACUUAUAAGAUAUGAUUAAUCUGGAUGCUCUUACUGUGUAUGCCAUUUGGUAAUAAAUAGUGAAUGGUUGACGAUAUGAUGGACUGCUGCACAGUCCAGGAUGUGUGUUAAUAAUCUUGCAAAACAGUAUCACGGACAUUAAGCUAAACUGUUCCAUUUGGUGUUUUUUUUUUUGUUUUUGUAAGAACUGCACAGGCUUUGGAACGGUUGUGGAUAUCGAUUUGUUGGAAAUAUUUAAUUUAAAUAAAC